AACGACUCACAGAUAUAAGCAUCCCGCAACCAAACAGAGAGGUUUUUCUUGCUUUCAUCAAACAACGCAGCAGAAGCCACAAAACAUUUCCAUUCUGAGAAUUUUGAAAGAGUGAACAUCAAGCAAUGGCUCCCAUUUUACUAGAAAGUGUCGGGAAUGAACGAACAGAUUAUAUUGAACAUGAGGUGGUGCAUGUUAAAAAUCCUCACCUGGAUUCAAUGGAGGAGGACAUUCUCUAUCACUUUAACCUGGGAACAAAAACUCACAACCUGCAGUCAAUGUUUGGGGACAUAAAGUUUGUCUGUGUUGGUGGCAGCGGGAACAGAAUGAAAGCCUUUGCCCAGUUUAUGCACAGGGAGUUGGGCUUAAUUGGGGACACCACUGACAUUGAGGACAUCUGUGCUGGAACAGACCGGUACUCUAUGUACAAAGUGGGCCCUGUGCUUUCCAUUAGUCAUGGAAUGGGAGUUCCAUCUAUCUCCAUUAUGCUGCACGAACUGAUAAAGCUCCUGUACCAUGCCAAGUGUUCCGAUGUCACCCUCAUACGCAUUGGGACUUCCGGUGGCGUUGGUCUGGAGCCGGGGACCGUAGUGAUUACAGAUAGAGCUGUGGACUCCUUCUUUCGGCCCCAGUUUGAACAGGUGGUGCUGGGGAAGGUGAUUGUGAGAAGCACUGAACUGGACGCAAACCUGGCUCAGGAGCUGCUGCAGUGUGCGACAGAGAUCCCAAACCUCCCCACGGUUAUCGGGAACACCAUGUGUACCCAUGAUUUUUACGAAGGUCAGGGUCGUCUGGAUGGGGCUUUGUGCUCUUUCUCUACGGAAGAAAAGCUGGAAUACUUGAGGAAAGCCCACGAAGCCGGAGUGCGGAACAUUGAAAUGGAGUCCACAGUGUUUGCUGCCAUGUGUCGUAUCUGCGGGCUGAAAGCUGCUGUUGUCUGUGUGACCUUGCUGGAUCGAUUUGAAGGGGACCAGAUUUCUACUCCACAUGACGUUCUUACUGAAUAUCAACAGCGGCCACAGUGUCUGAUGUCACAUUUCAUAAAGAAACGCCUUGGACUUUUUGAUUAGCAUUGCUGCCUUAAAUUCCAAAUGUAAAUGAGUUUGUAUAUAAUCAUGUUUUUUUCCUGUAAAUAAUAUAUAAUAAAUUUGCAUUGUAUAGUUCUUCACAUGAAUAUCUAUAAUGCACAUUUGUAUAUUGUAUGUUUUUGUUUGAAAGACAAAAUCUCACAAUUAAAAAAGAAAUGUAACGAAUGUUUUAUUGAUCAAUCACAUAAUGGUAUUGUUAAGCAUGGACUUAACUGGUAAAGAUUUGGUUGCUCAAGUUAAAUAUUACCAUAAAGCAAGGUUAAGAAUUCAGCAAUCCAAUCCAUUAAAACAAGCUGUAAUCUAGAAAUUUGACAAAAAUAGCUUUUAACCUGAUUUCAUCUUUGUGAAUACAAACAGAUUGCAGUGUGGAAUCUUUGUAAAAACCUCAAAUCAAAAGCAAACAGCUUUUUAACUACAAAGCUACUUAUUUACAGCUAUUUGUGAUUAUUUUUUUAAGUUUCAAUUUCCAUGAAAGAUGAAGGAUAUCCUCUGUGUUCUACAUUAAAUCUGCUUUGACUUCAAAACCA